CGCAGCGGCUUCUGCUGCCGGGACGCGAUGGGGCCGGGGCUGCCGUAGGAAGGAGACGCGAUGGGAGCUGCCAGCAGCGAGCCCGAGCCCCCGCCGGGCCCCCUCAAGGGCGGUGGCUUCGCAGCCGAGGUCUCCUGGGUCCGGAGCUGGAAGAGGGUCUUGGCUGGCAUUGGGGUGACGGUGUCCGGGCUGGAGCGCAACUUGGCCACGAGGCGGUGCCUCCAGCAGCGGCGAGGCCCGGGCGAGAAGCUGCCCCGGCUGGGCGAGAAGGUGGUGACGGGGUGGCCAGUCCCGCAGUUCGUCUCGCUCUUCCUCCCGGAGUUCCCCAUCCGGCCCCCACUGGGCCAGCCUCAGCUCAAGAUUCUGGGCUUUGUUGCUAAAGGCUCGUUUGGGACGGUCCUGAAAGUGCUGGACUGCGGGCGGGAGAAGGUCUUUGCUGUGAAGGUGGUCCCCAAAGUGGAGGUGCUGCGGCGUGACACCCUGAAGCAGUGCAAGGAGGAGGUCAGCAUCCAGAGGCAGGUCAGCCACCCAUUUGUUCACUGCUUAGGGGACAGCUGGCAGGGACAGCGGCAUCUCUUCAUUAUGUGCACAUACUGCAGCACCGGAGACCUGCACACGCUUUGGGCCUCUUCGGGGCGCUUCGCGGAAGCCACCAUUCGCCUGUUCGCAGCCGAGCUGGUUCUGGCGCUGGGUUAUCUCCAUGACCUGGGCAUUGUGCACCGAGACGUGAAGGUACGAGUGCCCUGGGAGAGGGGGUCUGACCUGCCCUGCCCCUCGCUGGACCGAGUCAGUGACACGCUCAGGGCCCGCGAGGCCAGCCGGUGUGUCCUGGACAGGUGGCCUCGCUUGGCCGAGUACACCCUGGACAAGGAG